CCGCCGCUUCCUCCUUGCUGCCCCUCCCCACCAGCCCGGGGAACAGGGCCGGCCCUUGGGGGCAGAGAGUCCGCGCCGCCGGGGACGGGCGCGGGCCGCGCCGCAGCCGUAGCGGGGCCGGGUCCCGCUGCUGCCUCUUUCCGCCGGCCGCGCCGCCGGCCAUGCAUUCUUCCGGCUCCUCAGGCUCCCGUAGCCCGGGCCCGGGCCCGGCCGGCCCGAGGCAGGACGGACUCCAAUGUGAGAAUGGCUGUGACUUUGGAAGAAGCUCCGUGGCUGGGCUGGAUCUUGGUGAAAGCCCUGGCGAGGUUUGCCUUCAUGAUGGUCAACAACCUGGCUGCAAUUCCAUCCUACGUCUGUUAUGUGAUUAUACUUCAGCCCCUUCGAUUGCUGGACAAUAAGUGCUUCUGGUACAUUGAAGGAAUCAUGUAUAAAUGGCUUUUAGGCAUGGUGGCUUCUUGGGGAUGGUAUGCUGGAUAUACAGUGAUGGAAUGGGGUGAAGAUAUUAAAGCCAUUUCACAAGAUGAAGCGGUGAUGUUGGUGAACCAUCAGGCAACCGGAGAUGUGUGCACUCUGAUGAUGUGCCUCCAGGACAAAGGACGGGUUGUUGCUCAGAUGAUGUGGUUAAUGGAUCAUAUUUUUAAGUAUACAAACUUUGGAAUUGUUUCUCUGAUUCAUGGAGACUUCUUUAUAAGACAGGGAAAAUCUCACCGUGACCAACAACUUCUUCUUCUCAAGAAGCACCUAGAAAACAAUUACAGGAGCAGAGAUCGAAAAUGGAUCGUCUUAUUUCCAGAAGGGGGCUUCCUCAGGAAGAGACGAGAAACAAGUCAGGCAUUUGCCAAGAAAAAUAACUUGCCAUUUCUUCAACAUGUCACUCUGCCAAGGGUUGGAGCAACAAAAAUUAUUUUGAACGCACUUGUGGCACAACAAGAAAAUGGGAGUCCAGCAGGAGGAGAUGCUAGGAAACCAGACAGCAAAUCAAAAGGCAUCCAGUGGAUAAUUGAUACAACCAUAGCUUAUCCCGAAGCUAAACCCAUAGAUAUUCAAACCUGGAUCCUCGGAUACAGGAAACCGACAGUCACACACGUGCAUUACAGGAUCUUUCCAAUUAAGGAUGUACCCUUGGAGACUGAUGGCCUUUCUGAUUGGCUCUACCAACGUUUUAUUGAAAAAGAAGACCUCUUAUCGCAUUUUUAUAAAACAGGGGCUUUUCCGCCUCCCAAGGGCCACAAGGAAGCCGACUGCAGGGCGAUGACGCUCAGCAACGUGUGGAUCUUCCUCAUACAGUGUUUUGCGUUUUUGUCGGCCUACAUGUGGUACAACACCCUGCGGUAUUUCUACCAUUGCCUGUUUUAGGACUCGGACUGGUCACAGUCACCAUAGGAAUUCAGACUUCCGUGAGUGUGUAUUAUUUUACAUGUGCAAAUCAGAAUAUUAAACAAAAACAAAGGAAAUUCCAUGGAUGGAUGAAUAUUUAUCCCCCUUUGGGAUAUUUUAAAACUCUGUGAAAAGGAGGAUCAGUAAUAUAAUGACCUGCUAGUAUGUUGUAAGGACUUGUCAUGUUUGAAAAACAUACACUCUACCACACAUCUAAGCGACCAUCACCUUUGGAGAAGAGGAAAUCACAAGAUCAUCCUAGAAGACUGAGAGGAAUUCUGCUGCGGCAGAUACUUGAUCGUCCAGUUCAAGCGUCGUCCUCCCGGCCAGUGUCUCCACGAGGGCAGUGCUGUGAGGUGGCCUCACUCCCCCAACGUCUGCUGAGUUACGAGUGACCUCGAGGGGCGCUGGCUGGCACCCUCUGAAGACCUGCCGCCCUGUCGUUUGCCGUGACACGCCAGUCCUCACCAAGUCAGUGAGGUUCAGGGUCAGGCAUGUCGGGGGGCGGGGGCGGUGUCCGGCGGACACAUCCCCGUUCUGGAACGCGCUCUUCCAGAAGGCUCGCCCAGUCUGUGUUUACACGCGUGAGUGCUUUCCCGUGUGGGGGUGGGCACUCGGUUUCUCCUUUUGUACAGAAGGUAUAUUGUAGAUUGACCAUUGUUUCCUACAAAAUGCACUUUUAUCAGAUGCAUCUAUAGCAAAGGACUGGGAUACAGCCUGAACACAGAUGUAAUCAGGGAGUGGGCUUCUUCAGAGGCCGUCUCGUCCGCGUGUCUUACCUGUGCGCCCGCGCCGCCCACGUCGGGCGCCGCACCCAGCUGAGACUUCUGUCCCGCUCAGUGGCUUUGUUUGUUUUAUCUUAAUUUUGGUAUAUUAGCACCAAUUUGGGGAUGGUUGAAACAAAUUCAUGCAAAAUAUUUAAAUGAUUAAUAUAUGGUAAAAUAGGCUAGUUUAUUAGAAAAACAAGAGCUACAGCCAGGCUUAAAAUGGUGACCGGUUGUCACAUGGCACCCCCAGAACCUGUCACAUCAAGGAGCUGCCCAUGUUGGUGUGGCAUGACCAGGAGAGAGACCAGCACACGAGGCUUUGCAGUCUUUUCCAGUCGCUUUUGGAGAAGAUAAAGUCCAGUGUCUAUUUCUAGAAGGCAUUUUUUUUUUUUAUUUGUCACUGUCUUCAUACAGUUUACCUCACAGUAGAACCAAACUCUUCUCAAAAAGUGCUGGCACCGCCUCGGGCGUCACCAGCGCUCCCUACGUGGAGCACGUUCUUGGUCCGGGGUUGUAAGACUCCGAGCUCCUAGUGGGUCAGUGGUCAUUCCCUGUGAUGUGAACAGCGUAGGUCCCCGCUUUGUCACUAAUCAUACAAAGGACAGUUCUGAGAAGGAGGCUGAAGAGUAAAAGUAAAAGGCUGAUGUUUUUUGUUUUUAAGUAAACCAAAAAAACCCUGAGAAGAUGGAAGGUUUUUCUCGGUGAUGUGGGAAAGGCGAAGCCACGCCAAAUUCAGGCCCACGCAGCCUCAGCUCUGGGUUCACCCCCUGCGUGUGUGCAGAGCGCGGCACGUCCACAGAAAUACCUCACUGACAGCAGGCUGCUGCUAAGAGGCAGGGCCAGCGGCCCUGUGUGUGGCUUGGGAACAGGUCACAGGUGCCACUUCUGUGCAAGCUGAGCACUUCUUUACGUGUUUUGCAGCGAUGGUGAGUAGGCAAAACCCACCUCAGCUUAGAAGUACAGAUAAGAUAGGAAGCCCAAUAGAAGCUGAAACAUGCUUCUGUUUGAGGCCCAGCAAACGCUGCUGGAUGACAGGGUGAACUGGAAUUGUUCAUCUGAGAGGUUAGCCAGCCGUCCAGGGGAUAGUUGCUCGCUGUCAAGCGUGGCAGACACAGUCCUAGCUGUCAGACCUUGUCCUCGUUGUUAAAGCCAACCAUGGGCAGAGUGGCCGGUCCUCCUGUCAGAGACGGCGAGAAGGGCCCGUGUGCACGCAGGCUGGGGCCGCUCGGCCGUCACUGUGCUCCAAAGGAACGUGGCGUCGUUUCAUACACUGUACACAUUAAACAGUCUGUUCUUUAAGACGCUUUACUCUUCAAGUGCGGUCAUUUCAGCAGCCUCUAGAGUGACAAAUGCCAGUAGAUGUGUGAGUCAGUUUUUGCACAUAAAUCUGUGAGUUGUAAAUAGACAUGUGUUUGAUCUGCCCUGCCCACUUCGGUUCUUUACCGACAUGCUCCCCCUUCUGCUUGAGAGCAUUGCCAGCGCUUUCCUUACCCAGAGAAACGGGGGUCCUCUGGCUCGCACUGGGGGACGUGAAGAGAGAAUCGGUGCUCUAACGCUGCUGUCGGGGAAGCAGCAGGAUGCCCCUGUACGGAGCUGAGUAAAAAUGCCUGCCCUGUCCUUCCUUUGCAAAAUGAGAUGGGAGGAGUCUAGUGAACAUCCAUUUUGUCCAGUGGAGAGAAGAUAGCACUGUGCCAGUUUUCUACCUGUAGCUUUUAGAAUCCCCGCUGUCCUGCCUAGAGCCCCACGACAGACGGGUGUGCGAACUCCCCGUGCUGGCUCCUGGAGCCCCAGUGGCGAACAUCUGCCCGGCCUCAGGUGGGUGCAGGGACUACAGAAGUGACCAUCCCAAAAUUCACACUUAACUUCAGAAACUAUCGUUGGUGUUCAAAUAUAUGACAUUGUAGAGAAGCCUGUAGGCCAGUGGAAGGUCAAGAGAAAUUAUAGAGUGGAAAUGAUGUCUUGAGUAGUCAUGCCAACCAGUUGAGAAUCUAAAUCGUAGAGGUUUUUUUUUUUUUUAAAGAUAACUGUGAUUUGAGAUCCUCUUGUUAUCUAUCAUAUUUUAAAAUUACAACCAACCCUUAAUUUUCUACAGUAAAGGAACUAGAGAUUACCGAGUAAUUAUUCCACUAAUAAGUCAUAGGAAGCCAAAAAUCUAAUUGUGUUUAGAAGUUUGAAUAUUUAUUCUCAUCACACUUUUUUUCUUCCUGGAUGCUUACUGAUUUUAAAAAGUGAUUUGAGUUGUUUAUUAGUUCCUCUUGCUUAUUUAUUUAUAAGCAAGAAGAAGAAACACAAAAACCUAAAUAAUGCAUAGACUUAAAGGGGAAAUCCUAAUAAUCAAGAGUUGGCAGUAUUGCAGUUGUUCUCAAGCGUUUUUAUGAAAAUGAAACAUGAAAUCACCAAGUGUAAACCUCAGAACAUCACUCUAGUGCUCAUAUCAUGUGGGCCAGUGUUGAGAACGCCUCUUCCUUCUUUGCUCACGUUCCUCUCACUUCUAGUGAAUUUGUCUUAGUGAGGUUUUCUGACAAUCACUUCCCUAAAGACUCUUCUGAACUAGUGGGACCUGGUUAUAAUCAUAGAACGUAGCCUUUAAUCAUGGAUAGUUUUAUUGGAUUCUUUUUGUAUUGAAGAAAAUUUUAUUUGCACUACUGCUUGGGAGGAAGAGUUAGUUAUUUGAUCCAUUACGCAGGACUCCCUCCAGAGUUACCAUUACUGGCAUAGCAGCUCCGGUCCACAAAGGACAGAUGGGAAAGGUUAGUCUCAUUUGUUGCCACGUAGGGCUGUGAGCCUUGCUUCUGGUAACAUGAAAAGCAAAGUCAGAAGCAGCCCGGGGCAGCAGGAAUCCUGGGUCACUGUAUGAGGGGGAAUAAACUAACAUGUUUGGGACCAAAACCACCGAAGUCGGACCUUUCUGGAUCACGGGGGGCCGGGCGUUCUCUGGAGUGGCCUCUGGACGGUGCUUUGUUGUGCUCGUUCCGCAUCGAUCUCCAGCACACGGGGACUGGACCCUGGGCAUGAACCGCAGGUGCAGACCUGUUGGGGCAGUGUGGCUGAUGGAAGAUAAAAUGUGUUUUUCUGCAAAAUUUCCAUGUGCGGAUUUUUACAUUUAAUAUUUUUUUAAAACAGUUUAAAGAGCAAAAAAAAUUUUGUGUAUUCUAGUUGCAAAAUAUGCACACAUAUUUUGAAUGGCUUUAUUUUUAUUGUGUAAAACUGUUGAACACACGUGUCUGGGAUGCACACAUUUCUUACGUGUAAGGAGUCCGUGCAUUUCACAGGGACUUCUGUUCUGACUGGGUAAUGAAGCAGUUACACAUCGGACUGCCGCGGUUGUGUUAAGUGCUCUCUUUUUCUUUGCAGUUAUCACAAAGUUGUAUUUAUUUUAUACAGUUGGAUUUCUGUUUCCUGAUGCCAUAAUGUUUACUUCAGCUCAAUGACCUGUCUUGCUCUGUGUGUCUCUGCAUGUUGUGACAAUGAUGAGAAUGAGUGUAAGGGCUGUGGCACCUGUAACUUUUGUGAAGGGCUGGUCACACGCGGAUCUGGUUUGUGAAUGCAUUGGAGUUAUUUCAGUAACCAGAUUACCUUUUCAGAAAUUGAGAUGUGAACACCAAAAGAAGCAUUUUCUCAAUAACAACAACAAAAAUUAAUAGCUGGUUCUAUUUUUUUUACCCUAGAAAAAAUAAAGUUGAUUUUUUUCAAGUGAAGUGCUUUUAAUUCUGAGUGGGGGUGGGGUGUUUGUGUUUCGUUGGAGCUGUUUGACCUGAACACCUGUAGACAUGCAUGUGGAAGAUGCCAUGGCAGGUGGAUGCUGAGGGCCGACUGGAAAACCAAGUGAAAAUCAGUCUUCCUUUGGUUUUCAACUCUCGCCCCUCCCCCUUCCCUGUUCUUCCCAUCAGUGGUGUACUGGCAAAGGCUUCCCAGUCUGCUCUCCUGGGGGAAAAGACUUGUAUACAAGGGCACAUGUCAUAAAUUUUGAUGAUAGUGAGGAUUUUAUAGCACAAUUAACAGAUAAUAAGAUGUACUUUAUUGUAAAUUCCAUAAAGCCAGUUGAUUCUGCCAGGGUGCUGUAAUUGAUUUUUGCUGAACUCUUUGGCUAGUUAUGAAUGUUAUCCAACCGAUAUUUGAAAAAUGGAAUUAUAUCCUAAUCCACUCAUUUCUCGGAUUUGUCAUUCAGUCUAAUAUGUGAUCUACUGUUCAGCUAUUUCUUAGCCUUGUACAAAUUAUACUCUUUUAAGUGAACCAGUUUUAGCUUCAGCACCAAAGGGAAGUAUAUAUAAUUUAAUCUUAACAACAACCGGCAAAAUUCUAAAACAGUUGGCUUUCUUGCUUGAGCUGGUAGGAGAUAUCUGUGGCCCACCGCUGCCCAGUUCUGUUUUAUUAUUUUUGUUUUGUUUUGUUUUUUUAAGCUGUUCGUGUUGAAUAAACUUUUCACAGUUAAUUCACUCACUGCUCUUGGUAAAUUCCUAGCUGUGACCUGGCAAAGGGACCUUUAAGGGUAGGAAAGCAUUAACCAUCAUUUCCACAGAGCAGGCUUUGGAUUUUUGGAGAAUGUGACAAAAAGCAACUUUUCCUGAACUGCAUGUAAAGUUUGCGUAUUUUUAAAGUUGGUUCUGUGCUUUCAUUUUUCAAAGUAAACUGGGAUUUAGGCUUCUCUAAGAUUUUGUUCUGAGCAUUUAAAAUGUUUUUGUUUCUAUGUUCCACCCCACUGGAAAUUUUGAAGUGGAUUCAGAUGUCUCACACAGUCUACACAAUGAGUUCAGUAGUGACAGUUCAGUCUGCCUCUCCUCUUUCCUUUCUGGGUUUAGGAUGCUGAUCUGGCGAAGCUGUAAUUUUUCCCCUGGAAGUGGUUUCCGUGGAAGACGAAGAAUAAACGGGGCAGAGGCCUGAAAGCUAGUUCCAAUCCGAGAUCUGGUGCUGACCAGCCCUAUUCCUCAUGAGUUGGGGGGAAGAAGCCAUUGUUCUUAAUUUUCACUUAAUAUGAAAGCGUCUGUUUCAAAAAAUGUUUCUUCCUGCUGGAAAAAAAAAAUGUAUUUUUAAAAGGGAAAAAAAUUCUCUUUUUGGCUAUAAGAAAAAGUCAGCUGUAUGAGCAGGUGUGACCAUAUCAUAACAUGCUGAUAUGAUAUAAAUCAAUAAAUUUUUACCUCUCAG